AAACCAACCUAUCAACUGGAAAAGAAUUAGGGCAAAAUAAUUGUAGUUUCACGUCCGCGGCUCAUAGAUUUCUCGGAAAAUCGUUCACGAUUUGUCUAGUGAUUCUGAAUUGUGCGGCGUAGUUUCAGCUUCCGGGAGAUCUAUCGUUCGACGAAAUUGAAAUCGGCGUGAGGAAACUUCUUACAGGAACCGCCCUUUGUUCCGAUCUUCUGAUUUUUUACAGAUUUGUCGUUUGCUUUUGCUCAAAUUUCUAUGAUUUUUCGGGAGAACAGUCACGAGAAAAGCUAGACAGGUCUUUGGUGCCAACUAGACAGGCCUCGUACCACGUUUUGAUUUCUUAGCUUCCCCUGUGAAGCACCAUCUGGAAAAGACACACAUGGAUUACCGACCUUCUGAUAGUAGUGGCACGGAUGAUGACCUACCUCCAUCACAUCAAAGUAGAUAUCAAAGAAGCGGGAGACCAGCCGGUAAUGGCAGACCUUCAGUUCUCAAUUCUGCGCCGUUAUCAAGGAUGCACAAGGACAUGGAAACUCAAAUUCAUCUCAUUGAACAAGAAGCAUAUAGCUCUAUACUCCGUGCUUUUAAAGCCCAGUCUGAUGCUAUUACCUGGGAGAAAGAAAGUUUGAUCACUGAACUCAGAAAAGAACUUCGGGUGUCUGAUGAAGAGCACAGAGAGCUGUUAUCAAGGGUUAACGCUGAUGAAAUGAUCAGACGAAUAAGGGAAUGGAGAAAGGGGAACAGCCUUCAGCCCGGUGUUCCUCAGAUGGUUCAUGAUUCAGCUCCGAGUCCAGCUGUAUCAGGAUCACGUAAGAAGCAAAAGACAUCACAACCAUUCGCCUCGUUAGCAAUGGGCGCGCCAUCUCCUGCUCUGCACCCAUCGAUGCAACCAUCUUCGUCUGCACUGAGAAGAGGAGGUCCUCCACCAGGUCCGAAAACCAAGAAGCCAAAGACAUCGAUGCAGUUCCCAGCUACAAGCAUUGCUGGAAGGCCCCAGUCUGGGGCAUUAGGACAUGAACCAGGUGAAACAGGAUCACUUGACCCGUUGAUUGGAAAGAAGGUAUGGACAAAGUGGCCUGAGGACAACAAUUUCUAUGAAGCUGUUAUAACUGACUACAACGCCGUUGAGGGGCGGCAUGCUUUAGUGUAUGACAUGAACACUGGGAAUGAAACUUGGGAAUGGGUAAAUCUUAAAGAGAUAUCUCCGGGGGAUAUCAGAUGGGAAGGUGAGGAUGCUGGGGUUUCUCGUAAAGGAGGACAUCCUGGGCAAGGCCGUGGAAGUGCAAAGGCCAUGCCUCGUGGUGGUCCUAGUGGUAGAGGUAGGGGAAGCAUGAAGACUCAGCUACACAAAGCACAGAAUGGCAUCGGGAAGAAAGCUUUAGGCGAUAUCGAAUUACUCCACACUGAUACACUAAUAAAAGAGGUAGAAAAAGUUUUUGGAUCAGUUAACCCAAAUCCAGCAGAGGUAGAGAAGGCAAAGAGAGUGCUAAGAGAUCAUGAGCAAGCUCUUGUGGAUGCAAUUGCAAGGCUUGAAGAAAUGUCAGACGGGGAAAGCGGUAAUAUUUGAGAAGGGGCCGUUCUAAGUCUCCUCAGAUGGUGGAGUCAGGACACUGGACUUGCUAAAAGGUGUAGAUGGUGAUGGCAAUGUGAAUCGAUUGAGGGGGAUUUAGACACUUGUAUGGAUAAGGAAACUGUAUUUUGUUUAGGGAGAGGAUUUAUAAAUGAUCUUUGUGUGACCACAUAACUGGAUUUGGAAAUUAGGGUCUUAAACAUUGUAAAAUUCAUCAGACUUUCAUAUAAAUGUAGAAUGUUGCAGAGAUGGUAUACGAAAACAACUCUUCCA